CCUGUGAAGAACCGGCACAAAUUGCAAAAUGUUUGAAGUUUUCUGUACCGUGAAUAGCCCAUUCAGUCUGCACACAGAUUAUCUCGCCAGUUACGUAUAGUAACACUUUUCCGAAGUAUUCGCACACGGAGCGUGUGCUUGGGAUAUAGAUUUAACUACAGUAAAAGCCAACAGAAUAAAAGUUUUUCCAUCUGCUGCGUUUUUUCUUUUGGUGUUUUGUUUUAAUAAAAUAACUGGCGUUAUCCAGACGUCGUUUGAGUGCUUUAGGAAAAGCAAUAUUUGAUUCUUAUCCAGCUCUCUGGAUCAUUAAUGAUUAACUGCGAAUUGGUACAGAAUGCAGGCAGUAAACGAUAAGCCGGCCUUCCUGUACUUUCGCCGGACCCUGUUCCUGUUGUUCUGCUUGAUUGCACGCUCGUUUGCACAGCUCCCUAAUGUGCCGCUGGGUACAUUCGUUUAUUUAAAUGGAAUUUUCGCACCACUAUCCACUCCUGCGCCGGCAGCUAAUCCCAGCAAUCAGAUUAACGACCCAGCUCUGUCACGGAAGCUGGCCGAUAAUGGUAGUCCGGCGGAUACGGCCUUCGAAAUGGCCUGUGCUGGACCCACCUCCGAUGCUGCAAUAAACUGCCCGUGCGCGGGAAUUGGCCACCGUUGCGCCGAUCCCGCUUCGGUGUGCAGUGCCACCCGGAAGUGUAUUUGCGACGGCGCGUUGGGCUAUUUGGAUUCUACCGGCACAAAAUGUGUCACCUAUCCCACCACAACAACCUCCACAUCGGCACCGUGUCCUUCAUGUCCAGCCCUGACUUGCCCAACUACUACGAGUACUACAAGUACCACCACUUCGACUACUAGCACCUCAACGACCACCACUAAAGCCCCCACUACGACUUGCACUGCAGCCGGGGCUGUGGUGAAUAGCAACACUGGAUACCAACAAACCACAUGCGGUGCUUGUGUGGAACUCACUUCUACUUCAAAGACCGUAAAUAUUAAUGGCGUGGAUAACAAAGAUUCGGUAUGCGCGUAUACCUUCAUCGCCCCGGCAGGCAGUAGUGUACAGAUCGAUUUCGAUUUGCCAAACUUCGAUCUUCUCACGUGCAAAAUGGGCACAUUCAUCGUGAUUGCUGGUUCACAGUACUGCAACGACAAGAAACCACCUGCUACAUUAACGAUACCAACUAGUAUCGUGACACUAAUUUACUUCGACCAAGAUCAGCAGUUUACCAAUUCCCUGAUUUUAAAAGCCAAAGUGGCUUCAUGAGUCGUAAGUGGAAGACAAGAGCUAGAGACAGGGACAAUGUACCCAUCGAGAAGCAAGCACGUGGGUACGAGCCCUUCUUUUAUCAAUCGGAGCAUCCUAUUAUAAAUUAAAACAGUUUGAUGUUUGUUUUUUUUACGAUUUUUGUGUGCGUGGACACUGAAUAACGCGAAGAAAUUUUAUCGAGCCUUCUGUAGAGCAUUGACACAGAAAACAC